AACAUGUCAAAAUCAGCUGGCCAAGUUGUGCAAAAACAAAAGCCCAGUCAAAACAUUUGCCAUGGAUUUGGAAGCGCAAUUCUUGAGUUUAUCGACGAAAUUCCUGUUCAUCAACUGCGGUGGCCAGUCCAGCGAGUACCGGAACGAGCUGAACACACUUCUGAACGAGUUGAAUGGGCUGGAUUACAAAAAUCAGCAGAUUGCCGACGUUAGGGCACCGAUCCGAUUGGUGGAGUCCUUCGUGAACAUUCCCACCAGCGAGGACACGUUGAUCGUGAAGGCUUGCUGUCUGACCAAGACGCUCAUCAGCCGGCAGAAAAUAACCCUACCGGCAAAUGUGGCCGCGGUGCAAAUCGGUUGGCUGCUCAAAUGCUUGGAAAGGUGCUUCUAUCAGGUCAUUUGCGAAGUUCUGGGCACUUUGCAGAUCCUGAUGAAACACUGCGGCGAACAUGUGGCCAUGUUUGCCGAAUUCCUGGUUUCGAGUAAUGGGAUGCUGGUGAAUCUGCUUGCGGAUCCCGACUAUCGCAAGGUGGAACGUGGUGGCAGGACAUACGACAGGAGUUCCCCGGAAGAGAUCCACUUGGCGACGGUGCAGUGCAUGGAAGCGUUUCUGGUCGCUGCCGAAGGAAAUGUGGCCAUGGAGAAGUAUCUUCCUGUGAUUGGCGAUUCGGUGGUGUCUUUGGCAUUUAGGGCCAAAAGCGAUUGGCUUCCGGAGGCUUCGUUCUACAGUUUGAUGAUCUCGGCUUUGAACUGUUUGAGGCUGGUAUCGAUCCAACAGGAGGACUGGCUGCGUGAACAUCUUGGCCAGUUGCUGGGGGUGUCCAAAGCGUACAUGAUGUUCGGAAUUCCCGGGAUAAAUCAACCUAUGGCACAGAGGAUUAUGGUAUCGCAGCAAGGUGUUCCGGAGCCACAGCACAUUCCCAUCAACAAGGGAGGAAAGGUUCCGAAAACGAGGAAGACUCGGACCAUCGCCAAAGGGAAAGGUGGCAAGAGCGAUGCUAAGAAGGGAACAGCUGCGAAGACUGGAUCCACUUGGGACGAGAAUAGCCGUCAUCCCUACUCGGAGAAGUCGUUCGAUUUGGACAGUUCAACCUUUACAACAACCGCCCACGCUGCCUAUCGUACCAGUGAUUCGGAUUUCUCCGAAAGUGAAUCCUCUCGGGCUCAAAUUGACCGGCACAAGCUGUCCAAGUUGCGAUUGACCGCUCUCACCCUCGUCAGCACAAUUGCUCAAACCGUAGAGAAGAAAGUAAUGUUCGGAUAUUGGCACGCCCUAUUUCCGGACGAAAGCCGAACGCCUGCCACGGUAUCGCUACUAAAUUGUGUCCUUAAAGAUCCCUCGCCAAAAUGCAGAAUAGCAGCCAUUCAGGCAAUAUCCUUUAUGGUUUACAAAUCGAAACCGUUCCUAAUUCAAGCGGAAAGUGGCAAGAAAGCGUCCGUUUCCUUUACCCCGUUCUCGGUUGCUCUCGGGAACAUGAUCACCGAAAUGUACGAGAUGAUUACUCAAGCUCUGGCGGACGAAAGCGACUAUUCCGUGCUCACGCAGAUACUGAAAUGCCUAACAGUGUUCAUCCAGGCCACGCCGUUCCAUCGCCUGAAACGUGGAAUCGUAACCAAAUUCGUCCGGUUCGUUCGAAUACUGACCAGACACAAAGAUCCCACGAUCAAGGUCGGAGCUCUGAUGGUGAUGGGAUUUCUCAUAUCCGUCAGUGAGAUGACACCGGAAAUAGCCGACAUUGUUGGGAUCCCCAAAACGGAAAUCACCAACAAGAGCAGUGAAACCAGGAAGAAGAACACCACCGAAGCACUGAGUGUUCAGUUCGACGAUGAAGAGGAAGAACUGAUGCAAUCCGACGAAGAGCUCGAAUCUGCUGUCCAAACACCGGACGCCCCAGAAGGUGAAGCUUCAUCGUCGAGCGGUCCCAAGAUGUCCUGGCUGCUGCAGAUAGCGUUGGAAAAUCUUGGAGUGACCAUCAACCAGUACAAGGUGGCCACACCGUCGGUGGUCAUGCCCGUCCGGAUGGAGUGCCUUCAGGUGCUGUCGGCGAUGGCGUCCCACUAUUCGCUGCUGGCCGACCAUCUUCUGCUGGUGGCUGCUGCGCUUAAAAAUUCCUUCAACGACGCCAUCCCGGAGAUCAAGCUGUACGCCGGGCGGGUGCUGGAUUUGAUCGGGCAUGCCAUCAAUACGUCGCUGCUGGUGAAAGUAACAAUCGACCCGGAUGAACUGAACACCUCCGUGGACUUCUGGGUGACCAUGCUACCGAUCGUUACCGAGCAGAUUCAGGACAUCCAACAGAACGCCUCGCUGCGGGGUAUCUGCUGCGACGCCCUCGGCAAUCUGGGAGUGCACGUGUUCGAGAAGCUUCCGCGUGACAGGCAGAUCGUCCUCGUAUCCCUCCUGACCGGGUGUACCUUCGACGAGGACAGUGGCGUAAGUUCGGCUGCGGUUCGCGCCCUUUCGGUGUACAUUCUGUUUCCCUCGCUUCGGGACAACAUCUGCUACAUUGAGAACACAAUAGAAGCGAUAUUGAGGAUCAUGAAGGAUCCGAAUGUGGCUGCGCGGGUGAAGGCCAGUUGGUCACUUGGAAACAUUACGGAUGCGUUGGUGUUGAAUAGCAGCGAUCCUAGCGUGGAGAAGGUGAGUGAUGCUAUGAUGAAGGCGAUCUUGGAAGCGGCAAUUGUGGCCGCUGGGGACAACGAUAAGGUCCGCUGUAACUCGGUACGUACGGUAGGGAAUAUGCUACGAAUGUUGAAGGUAGAACAUUUCUCGCAAUCGGUUUGGUUGGAGUUGUGCCAGAAGUCGGUGGAGAAGCUAGUCCAGAAUAUUCUAAGUUCAAACAAUGUGAAAGUUAAGUGGAACGCGUGCUACGCGAUCGGGAAUGUGAUGCGAAACGAUUUGAUGUUUAGCGAGGGAAGUCGAAUUGAUUGGCAGAAGCAGAUCUUCCCGGCUAUUUGUCAGAUUGUGAUCAACUCGAAUAACUUCAAGGUGAGAAUCAAUGCUUCGGCUGCAUUGUCGGUGAUCAAUGUUCGGUCACACUACGGCAUAUAUUUCGUGACGGUUUGGAGUUCGCUUCUGAAGGCUUUGGAGCAAUCGGAUAACCUAGUAGACUACAAUGAGUAUAAGCAUCGAGAUAACCUCCAGGAACAGUUGUGCCUUUCAUUGUCCCAUUUCCUACGGCUAGCCUCGAAAGAGGACCUUCCGGCUAUGGCUGGUGAGCUGUUGCCCCUUUUUGAUGCCGUGCAGCAAAAUUGGGAUCGGGUCGUGAACAGAAUACUGCCGGAGAAAUCGGCCAAAUUGAUGGAAGCUCACGUUAAACUGCAAGAAAGCGCACGAAAUCCUGAAGUUAAAAGUGCCGUUCAAAUGAUUCUGAAGUGCUUCCGCAAUGAGGGACAGGGGUUGUAUGGGUUCUAGGACACAGGGAUAGGAAUUACUCGCAAGGUCACGUAUUUUAAGAAUUGUACAUUAUUUAUUAUGUUAUGCACUUUUGAAGUGACCAACUUUCACGUACGUUCCUAUUCAUUCACAUAAAUAUAUUUUUUUCGCAUAGGA